CCUGGCCUGGUUGAGGGGGUGCACUGGCAGGAGCUGUCCCUGUAGCUUCACCCCUGGGCUGCUGGGGGGUCUGAUGAGAAUGUGGAUCUGAGUUCUGUUUCCCCCAUGCCCUAGUGAUCUCUCUUCAACUCUACAGCAUCUAAAGUCUAAAAGACAAAACAUGGCUAACUUGCAGAGGCCCAGGCGGUCUACCCACAGCUCCACGACGCUUUGGUCGAAUACGAUAGCGAGGAUACAUGCGGUGCUGAUGAGGGAGCUGGUGCGAGUGUUCUUGGCAGAGUUCGUGAGCACAUUUGUCAUGAUGGUGUUUGGUCUCGGCUCCGUGGCCCACAUGGUUCUAGGAGGGAAUAAAUUCGGGAGCUACCUUGGUGUCAACCUGGGGUUUGGCUUCGGAGUCACCAUGGGAGUGCACGUGGCAGGGGGCGUCUCUGGAGCCCACAUGAACGCGGCUGUGACCUUCACCAACUGUGUGCUGGGCCGCAUGUCCUGGAGGAAAUUUCCUGUGUAUGUGCUGGGUCAGUUCCUGGGCUCCUUCCUGGCCGCGGCCACCACCUACUGCAUGUUCUAUGAGUCCCUGAUGCACUUCUCGGGUGGAGAGCUGACAGUGACCGGCCCCACGGCCACUGCUGGCAUUUUUGCCACCUACCUUCCCAAACACUUGUCGCUGUGGCAGGGCUUCUUUGAUGAGGCAGUGUUGACGGGGUUGCUCCAGAUGUGCCUCUUCGCCAUCACUGACAAGCAAAACAACCCGCCGCCGGAAGGGGCCCAGGCCCUUGUGAUCGGCGUCCUCGUUACCGUCAUUGGGGUGUCUCUAGGCAUGAACACAGGCUAUGCCAUCAACCCGUCCCGGGACCUGCCUCCCCGCUUCUUCACCUUCCUGGCCGGCUGGGGCCAGCAGGUCUUCAGUGCUGGGGACAGCUGGUGGUGGGUACCCGUGGUGGCGCCAUUCCUGGGUGCCUUCUUUGGCGGCGCCCUCUAUCUGCUGCUCAUUGGCUUCAACAUCCCCCGGGAGCUCGAUUCGUUGGAGGGCUCCUUGAUAUUUGAAGAGCAGAGGACGUCUGCGUUGCCCAAGAGCAGCCCCGACUUGCCUGUGGCCUCUCCCCUCAGCCCCGUCUCCUCUGCCGAGAGAGCCCCUGCCCUGUCUGCCCCACCCUUAAAUGACCCAGCGCUCCCCCUAGAGCACCUCUAAGUAGAAGAUUAUUUGUAAGCCCUCCCCCACCCCAAUAAAGAAAGCCUUAUCCACAGCGGCACCCCAGCUUCGUGCCUCCUGUGGUGGAGCUCCCUCCUGGAUUCUUCCAGGGACUCCAGGGUCUGGUCAAGUCGUGGUCCAAGGCAGGAACGUAGGACUGAGGGGCCGCCAAUGAGUUCGGACUAUGGGAGCUGGGGACCCCUUGGGAACAGAAUGGAGAAGAGCCGACCUGCGGCUUCAGUGGGCUCAGGGGGAGAUUGAAGGGUGCCAGCACCUGCUGGUGGCGUUUCCAGAGGCACAGGGAACAGAGCAGGGAGUUUGGGGAAAAGGACCAGAGAAAGCUGGUGGGGCGCCAACUGUGGGGACACCUUGAGUUGCCCUGGGAUAGGAUGCGAGGCACGCCCCUGGUCCUUCCCCUCUCCCAUCCAGCCAGUCCUCUGGUUGGACAAGGCAAGGCCCGAGAGUGUAGACGAGAGUUUCUCAAGCUUCUUUUCAUUACUGUUUCCCUAAGGAGGCUUUCAUUUUUUCCUUAAUCACAUGCAAUUUUGAUAGCACCAAUGUACUCUAUGUCCAUUUAUGUGCUGUAUGUGUAUCUGUGCUUUAUACAUAGAGUAAGAUUUUCUCAUCCUCCCCCAAGAAUCAAUUUUCAUUCCCUUGGGGUCGAAGUUACCCCCACCUCCACCCCCACCUAGAGGAUGUAUGAAGUACAUUGAAAGUAGGUAGGGGAUGGAACGCC